AGCCGGAUUGUCUUUGCCUCCGUCUCUCCCGAGCUGACAUGGUUCAAGUCAAGAACAAGGUGUGCCUCAUGUACGUUCGUUUCUACUGUCAGCGGGACCUGUCUUCAAGCCUGUGUACAGCGUACACGAUGGUUGGGGUGUAGCCCCAGAGAAGGGAAUGAAAGGUGAUGCCAUCGAGGCAGCAGAUACCACCAACAUGGAUACCCUUGCCAAAAAUUACGCCUAUCGCACCUUAUACGCCCAUGGUAACGCUGUGGGUCUCAGCGACGGCCUUAUGGGCAACUCCGAAGUCGGACACCUUAACAUUGGCGCUGGUCGCGUCGUCUGGCAGGACAUCGUCAGGAUUGACGUGUCCAUCGCCAAGCGACAGUUCCACAAGAAUGAGACCAUUCUUGCCAGUAUGAAACAGGCUAAAGAGGGCAACGGCAGGCUUCAUUUGCUAGGACUAGUGUCUGACGGUGGUGUCCACUCCCACAUUCGCCACCUCAAGGCCUUGCUAGAAACUGCAAAAGAGCAAGGUGUCCCCAACACUUAUAUACACUUCUUCGGUGACGGUCGGGAUACCGCCCCCAGAUCCGCCAAGGGGUACGCCGAGGAAUUGCUCGGCUUCCUCAAGUCGGAAUCCUAUGGCAAACUCGCUACUGUCGUCGGGCGGUACUACGCCAUGGACCGUGACAAACGCUGGGAGCGCAUCAAAGUUGCGAUCGAGGGUAUUGUCGAUGGCAAAGGCGAAGAGACAAACGACGUUGUCAAGACAAUCGAGGAGCGUUACGCCAAAGACGAAACCGAUGAGUUCUUCAAACCGAUCAUCGUCAACGGCGAUGAGGCACGUAUCAAGGACGGGGACACACUAUUCUUCUUCAACUAUCGCUCAGACCGCAUGCGCGAAAUUGUAUCUGUACUUGGUUUGCCUGACAAGCCAGUUGAAGUCCACGUCCCCAAGGACCUUCACAUCGCGACCAUGUCGAAGUACAAGGCCGAGUUCCCGUUCCACGUCGCGUUCCCGCCACAAGCGAUGACCAACGUGCUCGCAGAGUGGCUUUCGAAAGAGGGCAUCUCGCAAGCCCAUAUCGCUGAAACGGAGAAAUACGCACACGUGACGUUCUUCUUCAAUGGUGGUGUGGAAAAGCAAUUCCCCAGCGAAGAACGCCACAUGAUCCCAUCCCCCAAGGUCGCUACGUACGACUUGCAGCCGGAGAUGAGCGCACAGGGUGUGGCGGACAAAGUCGCAGAGGUUCUGCUGACCAGGAAGCACGAAUUCGUGAUGUGUAACUUUGCGCCACCGGACAUGGUCGGACACACUGGGGUGUAUGAAGCGGCUGUCAAGGCCAUCACGGCAACCGACAAGGCAGUCGGGGCGAUUUAUGACGCGUGCGAGAAGGCGGGAUACGUUCUCUUGAUUACGGCCGACCACGGCAAUGCGGAGCAGAUGAUCAACCCCGAGACGGGUGCACCGCAUACGGCUCACACGACGAACAAGGUCCCCUUCAUCAUGACCGGAACCGAACAUGAGUUCAUUCAAGACGUCGAGGAGAGCGAGAAUGUAGAAGAGCCAGGUGCCCUUGCUGACGUUGCGCCGACUGUGUUGGCACUUAUGGGCCUUCCUCAACCCGAGGGUGAGUGGAUGACGUUCAUUGACGCUCUCUUGCCUCCUAACUGACGUUGUGGUAGAUAUGACUGGUCGUUCGUUG